GCUAGUCAGUUGCCUGGUAGGCAUACCAUGGGGAAGGGUGAAGAAGCAGGGGAGGAGAAAGGCAGGAAGAAGAUGACCAAGGGUGGCAAGGCGCCGUUCCAUGACAUGUUCAAGAACGCAGAUGUUACCGACAUGGUGCUGAUGCUGGUCGGCACGGUUGCCGCGGUUGGAAGUGGUAUGUCACAGGUGGUCAUGACGAUCAUCUUUGGGCGGAUGAUCGAUGCCUUUGGGGGUGCCACCCCCGACACCAUCCUUCCGCGAGUCAACAAGGUGGUUCUCCAGUUUGUGUACUUAGCCAUUGGAACAUUGCCUGCUUGUUUUCUCGAGAUAUCAUGCUGGACCAUGACUGGGGAGAGACAGGCAGCUCGCAUUCGAUCUUUGUAUCUCAACUCAGUUUUGAAACAAGAUAUGCCGUUCUUUGACACGGAAAUGAAAAGUGGACACGUAGUCUCCGGUAUAUCUGCUGAUACAAUACUAAUUCAAGAUGCUAUUGGUGAGAAGGUCGGGAAGUUUCUACAGCUUAUCACCACUUUCAUUGGUGGGUUUAUUGUGGCAUUCAUCAAAGGCUGGCUCCUAACCAUUGUAAUGCUUUGUACUAUACCACCAUUAGCAGUUGCAGCUGGAAUCAUCUCAAAGAUGCUUUCCAAAGUAUCUAGCGAGGGCCUAGCAUCAUACGUCGAUGCAGGAAAUAUUGUAGAACAGACAAUUGGAUCCAUAAGAACGGUGGUUUCAUUCAACGGUGAAAAGAAAACCAUGGACCUAUACAACAAUCUCAUAAAGAAAGCAUACAAGGGCACCGUCAAGGAAGGGGCUAUUAAAGGUUUCGGCAUGGGUUUCCUUUCCUUCGUCUAUUUGUCCAGCUUUGGAUUGAUUAUAUGGUAUGGUAGUAAGUUAACUCUCAGCAAAGGAUAUAGUGGAGGGGAUAUCAUGAACAUAUUGUUCGCUGUCAUUAUAGGAGCAAGAUCAUUGGGUGAUGCAACCCCCUGCAUUGCUGCCUUUGAGGAAGGAAGAGUUGCCGCUUACAGAUUGUUUACAACAAUCAACAGGAAACCAGAGAUUGACUAUGAUGAUACUACCGGUAUUGUGUUAGAAGACAUCAAAGGUGAUGUAGAGCUGAGGGAUGUGUCUUUCAGUUACCCAAGCAGGCCAGAGCAAGUAAUAUUUGGUGGACUUUCAAUGCAUGUAUCAAGUGGCACAACAAUGGCCAUAGUUGGGGAGAGUGGGAGUGGAAAAUCAACUGUGAUCAAUCUGGUUGAGAGAUUUUAUGAUCCACAGGCUGGUGAAGUGUUGAUCGAUGGAAUGAACAUCAAGAGAUUUAAGUUAGACUGGAUAAGAGGGCAGAUUGGCCUUGUUAACCAGGAACCAAUGCUCUUCAUGACAUCCAUCAAGGAGAACAUAACCUAUGGAAAAGAGGACGCAACACUUGAAGAGAUCAAGAGAGCAGCUGAGCUUGCCAAUGCAGCAAGGUUCAUCGAGAAUUUGCCUAAUGGUUAUGACACAACAGCUGGACAACGUGGUGCUCAGCUUUCAGGGGGGCAGAAGCAAAGGAUUGCGAUCGCGAGAGCCAUCCUAAAAAAUCCAAAAAUCCUUUUGCUCGAUGAAGCGACUAGUGCUUUGGAUUUGGGCUCUGAGAGGGCAGUUCAAGAAGCACUAAACAAGAUCAUGGUUGGGAGAACAACAAUUGUUGUGGCACACCGUCUGAGCACUGUUAGAAAUGCUCACUGCAUCUCAGUUAUUUCUGGAGGAAAAAUAGUCGAACAAGGAAAUCAUGAUAAAUUGGUAAAAGAUCCUGCUGGGGCGUACUCUCAGCUUACUCGGCUACAAGAGGCACACGGGGGGAUAAAUGCUGGAGUAUCAGGUCCAUUAUCUGAAAGAAGUCAAUCACUCGAGCGAUCAAUUAGUAGAAGUCCAGGUGGGAGCGGUCGUCAUUCUUUAAUCCUCCCUGUGAGCUUGCCUGGCACCAACGAUGGUGCAGAUGGUGAGAAACAAAACAAGAACACUGAUGGCCAACCAUCUAAGAAGGCCCCAAUGGGCCGCCUAUUUGGCCUAAACAAACCAGAAAUGGCAGUUCUUUUAUUUGGUUCUCUUGCGGCAAUAAUUGAUGGAACUGUCUACCCAAUGAUGGGUUUGGUAAUGGCCAGUGCCGCAAAAAUAUUCUAUGAAUUACCAACAGACAAGCGACAGAAAGAUUCUAUCUUUUGGGGAUUGCUAUGUGUUGGGCUGGGCGCCGUUGCAUUGAUAUCAAAGCUAGCAAAUAGCCUUCUAUUUGAAAUAGCAGGUGGAAAACUUGUAGAGCGCAUUCGUGCUUUGACAUUUCAAAGCUUACUGUACCAAGAGGCUGCUUGGUUUGAUCAUCCUGCAAAUUCUAGUGGAGCACUUGGUGGAAGGCUAUGUACAGAUGCCCUUAAUGUGAGACGUCUUGUAGGUGGUAACUUGGCCUUAAUGGUCCAAUGUACUGCAUCAUUUCUUUGUGGACUUGUAAUAGCAAUGAUCGCAGACUGGAAGCUUUCAUUGGUCAUCUUAAUUGUAAUUCCUUUAAUGGGUGUCCAGGGUUAUGCCCAAGUUAAGUUCCUAGAGGGGUUCAGUCAAGAUGCCAAGACCAUGUAUGAAGAAGCAAGUCAAGUGGCAACUGAAGCAGUUGGUAGCAUCAGAACAGUAGCAUCUUUUUGCGCCGAGAAGAGAGUGAUGACAAUAUACAAUCAGAAAUGUCAAGCUUCUAAAGAUCAAGGAAUUAGAACUGGAAUAGUCGGAGGUCUUGGCUUUGGUUUCUCAUAUAUGAUUCUGUAUGCCACUUCUUCUCUAUGUUACUAUGUUGGUGCAAAGUUUAUUAGUCAAGGCAACUCUACUUUCGGUAGCGUCUUCCAGGCUAACUUUGCUCUAGUUUUGGCCAUGAUUGGAGCAUCACAAACUAGCGCUAUGGCUUCUGAUUCAACCAAGGCAAAAGAUUCUGCAAAUUCCAUAUUCAUGAUUUUAGAUAGAAAAUCUCAAAUCGAUUCCAGCAGCGGGGAAGGUUCAACCAUGAAGCUUGUCAAGGGUGACAUUGACUUUAUGCAUAUCAGCUUCAGAUACCCAUCGCGUCCAGAUAUUCAAAUAUUCAGCGACUUUAAUUUGAGCGUUCCCUCUAGAAAGACUGUCGCGCUUGUUGGCCAAAGUGGCAGCGGGAAAUCUACAGUAAUUGCUUUGCUAGAGCGUUUCUAUGAUCCUGAUUCUGGUGUAAUCCUUUUGGACGGAGUGGAAAUCAAAAGCCUAAAGCUCAGUUGGUUGAGGGACCAGAUGGGAUUGGUAAGCCAAGAACCAGUACUGUUCAACGACACGAUACGAGCCAAUAUAGCAUACGGAAAGCAUGAAGAGGUAACCGAGGAAGAGAUUGCUGUGGCUGCUAAAGCAGCCAAUGCCCACGAAUUCAUAUCAAGCAUGCCACACGGGUACAGCACGGCAGUUGGAGAGAGAGGAAGCCAGCUAUCCGGCGGGCAGAAGCAGCGCAUAGCUAUUGCAAGGGCCAUCCUCAAGGACCCAAGGAUACUGCUUCUGGACGAGGCGACGAGCGCGCUGGAUGCCGAGUCGGAGCACAUCGUUCAGGACGCGUUGGAUCGGAUGAUGGUCGGCAGGACGACCAUCAUCGUGGCGCACCGCCUCUCGACGAUCCAAGGAGCUGACAUAAUCGCAGUUCUGAAGGACGGCGCGAUCGUGGAGAAAGGGACGCACGAGGCCCUGAUGGGCACGGAAGGAGGAGCGUAUGCUUCGCUUGUAAAACUUCGCCCAGUGCAACAUGAUGCAAGGCUUGGACCAGGGAAUCAACUCGAACUACUGGAAUGUACGGCGGCUUAG